AUGUCGCUUCUCCAUCGUCAAUUGGUUGAGCUGUGCCCCGUGAAUGUGCUACGACCAUCGAUUCCAUGCGCUGUCGAUGCUCUGUCUCGUGUUGCAUUGAUUGAUGUGUAUAACGACGCGUUAUCUCUAGACCCUGUUGGAUACCGUAACGCAUUCCGUGCCAUAUAUUCCCUUGAUUCAGCCGAUUUACCAUCAACCUUGGACUUCGAUAGUGCGUCAGACCUGGAUACCGCCAAACUGUCAACUGGAGAGUUGUCUCUUGGGUCGCUGUUGGCGUUCAAUGCUACGGGCUGCGUGUGUCGUACCAGUAGCAUUUUGUACCGAGCUUUGCAGGAUUCUUUGCACGGCGUAGAUGGUGACUGGCAGUCUACAUGUACGGGACUUUUGUUUUAUGUUCUUUUGAGUAUGGACAUGGGUUGUGGCUUCAUGAUCGCACAUUCUGGAGCGAUGCGUUCGAUGAGCAGCUCGAGUGGUCGUCGCAAAGUAAUUUCAAUAAUACGUCGCAACUGGGCGCUGUUCGCACUAGGUUUCGCGAGGCUAUUGUCAACACGAGCAGUACAUUAUAACGCCCCAGUAGAUGAAUACGGUUUACACUGGAAUUUCUUCCUGUCUCUAGGACUGGCAAAGAUCCUGUCCGAAUUUUUAUUUAACCUUGUUCCUAGCCACCUGCUACCCAUUGUACCAGUGGUCAUCGUGAGUUCUUACGAGUUUCUGUUAUGGUUUUUCGACGCGUAUAAUACGUUUCCUGCGCUGGAACGUACGACCAUUUUCACGGCCAACAAGGAAGGCAUCGCGGCAAUCCCGAACAAUGUCAGUAUCUUUUUCAUCGCCUUCUGCGUCAUGCGGUGGUGUGGCCACCGGUAUAGGAAGCAAGGGCACCACCACGCCCUGCUGUUUUCGACAAUUUGCUCACUACUGUUUGGUCUGGCAUCUUUCGUGCUUCACUUGUUGGGAUUACCCAGUUCAAGAACGCUGGUAAGUCUAUGUCGCCUGCUUUCCACUUGUUUCAGGCGAACUGUCGUUUCGUUCUGA